CCUGGCACGUUUUUUUUAAAGCUACGAACUUGCCUGUUACCUGAAAAUGUCAUUAUUACUAAUGUCCUACGAUGCAAUGGUGCGCCGUUCAAUUAUGAAAAGCACAGAAUGUUCCAAUUUGAUUUAGUUUGCGGUAUUAUCUCACGCGCCUUUCAAUGUGUCCUCCGUUUGUAGUGUAAAUGGUUUCGUCUGUAGUAGGUGGGACUCUAGAGCGGUCAGCAGGACGUCAUAGAUCAAUGAACCGAACGAAUUUCAGGGUUGGACACACGGCGGGGAUUACAGUAAACUCUACCCAAAUGUACAGAUGUGACAACGAGACAAGGAUAUCGAAAAGGUUUUUUACGUACACCGGAUAUUUAUUCUGAAACUGUCAAUAUGCGGAUUUUUUCUAAACCAGCUUUUGGAUUUUAUUAAACAACCCCGAAUGUAGCUUUAUCAGAUUGCGAAACAGUUUCAAUCAGUAGUAUACAACAAUAAUAUUCAGGAUGAUUUUUGCUAAUACUGCCAACCCAUUGAAGACCGCUUAUCGCAAGCAGUCCUACCCUAUGGCCCCAGGAAGCCCCAGUACAGUGAGCAGCAGUAACAGCAGCACCACAGGCUGGGACCAGCUCAGCAAGACCAACCUCUACAUCCGCGGUUUGCCCCCUGCCACCACUGAUCUGGACCUGGUCAAGCUCUGCCAGCAAUACGGGAAGAUUGUGUCCGCUAAGGCAAUCCUCGAUAAGACAACAAAUAAAUGUAAAGGUUACGGGUUUGUAGACUUCGAAAGCCCAGCGGCCGCCCUGAAAGCAGUUCAUGCCCUGAAAACCAGCGGGAUACAAGCCCAGAUGGCUAAGCAACAGGAGCAGGACCUCACCAACCUGUACAUCUCCAACCUGCCCGUGUGUGUGGACGAGGCUGAGCUGGAGGGCCUGCUACGGCCCCUGGGCCAGGUGGUCUCCACCCGCGUCCUCAGGGACUUCAGCGGGGCCAGCCGAGGGGUGGGCUUCGCCAGGAUGGAAUCCACUGACAAGUGUAAUGCAGUGAUUUCUCACUUCAACGGGAAGUUCAUCAAGACUGCUCCUGGAACUCUGGCUCCCUCUGAGCCUCUGCUGGUGAAGUUUGCAGACGGUCAGAGGAAGAGGAGUAGCCACAGCCCCUUCAUCCCUAGCGGGCGCACCUGGACCAGGGAGGGCGACCUGCGGCUGGGUGGAGUGACUCUCACCUAUGACCCUUCAGCCGCCAUGCAGAAUGGGUUUUAUCCGUCCCCCUACGCCCUGACCAAUAGGAUGAUCGCCCAGACCACCAUGUCUCCUUACAUGUCUCCAGUCUCCUCCUAUCAGGUCCAGAAUCAUUCUUGGAUGCAGCACCAGCCUUAUAUAAUGCAGCACCCGGCAGCUGUGAUGUCUCCCUCUGUUGACCACUCCAUGUCGAUGCAGCCGGCAGCCAUGAUGACUCAGCAGAUGGGUCAUCUCUCAUUGGGUGGCAGCGGGGCGUACAUUUCUGCCAACGCUGCUGUUCAUGGUGGCUACGUCCCCCACUACCAACACAUACAGACAACCGACAGCGCAUCACAACAGCAAGUGGACUCAUCCAAUAACUCCUCUCCUUACAGCCAACAAAGCAAGUAAAAGUAAGAUGACCUUGGUGCAGUGAUGAAGGUUGUACGACCACGAACGGUUUCAGACUCCUCUGAUCGGACCAGACCCAGGAAGUCUUCGGACAGCUUCAACCAAACAUCUGUGCGUGCUGGAAUUAUGUAGAACGUCUAGGAUGGAGACUGACAAACGUGUAAAUGGACAAAAAAAAAAAAAAAACGGUUAUUAUUCCCAUUAAAAAAAGAGACAGGAAUAUUAUUUUUUAUUUUGAUAACAAAAAAACAACAAAAAAAUAUUAUUUUCUACCUGGGAUUCUCAAGUGGAUGUGGUACACCCACUGUGUGAUGUGAUGUUCUAAAUGCAUGAACCUGAUUAUUUUCUUUUCCAAGGCUUCAGUGAUUUUAUAGGUAGUUUAUUAGUGAGAUAUAUGAAACAUUUUGCUUGCAAAGAGUGUUUAUUAGGUGAGGUGUUACUGGUUUCAAUAUGGUCUUUCAGGUGUCCUUUGAAGUAGGCCUGUAGGCUUUAGUGAAAAUCAAACGUAGGAGGAUAAAUAUGUGAUAAAUGCUGACAUUUUUCCAAAUGGAUGAUAGGUUGGAAAAUGUGCCUUCUGUUUUGUCACAUUAACCAUUCAGAAACUCACUCACAAAGUAGGCCUACCUAGGGUUGGAAUAUUUUUAUUAGUCCAAAUUAAUUUACUUUAAUUUUUGGCACGAUCAAGGAUGUAGGGGCAACGCAGUAUGUACUACGCUAACAAACACGGCCACAAGACAAUUUGAUAUCCAAACACAUCCAUAUAUGCAAACUUGAAAUGAAUGAAAUUAGCUAACGCUACAUCGUGGCAAUAUCUUUUAUCUUUUUUUAUAUAUCUUUUUGAGAGGUAAUGUUAAGUAAAAGCUUUAGUCACACAUGAAAUUAUAAUUCGUUACAAAAAAAUAUAUUAAUACUGAGUCUUUCAAAAGACGUUUGCUCUGGCGGUCAAUUUGGCCGAAUAUCUACCUCAGUUUGAUGUCGGCUGGAAGGCCAGGGUUCGCAGGACUAGCCCGCCUUGUCUGAGCGGAAUGGGAGCUGAGCUCAGGAGCUGGCCAAUUAAGAUACAUCUUUUCUGACUUCAAUUUCUUCCUUUGUCCUUUUUAAAACACAGCGCUUCACCUUCUCGUUCUCUUCACCGUUUUUAGUAUCUUUAUUUUUUUACAAGGGGAGUGUAAAAUUGUUUUCUGGUGAGUUAAAAAGCAAACUGAUUCCAGCAGUAGUUGCCGAGUCUAGUGCAAUAAAUGAGGAAUGGUAACAGCAUAACAACAGGAUUUAAGCGGGAUACAAACUUUUAUUCGCUUUUUAUUGGUAUACCAUUGCUUGGAACCCAACAAUGGAUGUUUGGAUUGCUUUCACUGCGUUAAUGCGGUUGAUAAGCUAGCUAGUAAUGUCUGAACCAAGUGCCAUUCUGUGUUAGAUGCUGGUAGUAAGGAUGACAACGCAAAAAGCUUUUUCUCUUUCGAUAGGCUGGGUGAAAAAAAGAAAACAAUUAAAUAAACAACGGAAAUAGAAACCUAGAAAAUCAAGAGUCGUUUUUCUAUUGUGUGUUUUGUAUGUCAGGAACAUUUGCUGGUGAUAUAACCGGUGUAAAAAAAAAAAACCUUAGUAUUUUUGUUUCUCUGUAACGAUUUGUUACAAUCAUUGUUUUCCAUGUCACCCAGAACUACCAGUCUUCUUGUGAUUUCCUUCAUUAAAGCCUCAAAAUAAAAGUUUUCCAUUACAACAAUUUUUUUGGGGUAUGAUUUGAUUGGUGUACUGCUUACAUUACAACAGCAGAGGGGGUUGUGUAGUUACUGUAAGGUGACAACAACGACGUCAAACACUGCCUUCAACCUCUUAUUGCUAAAACAUUUACUGCCAUCCACGUUCCAGGUCAGCAGUAUGGUCCAGAACUAGUGAUUUAGGGAUUUUUAAUCCCUGCACCGCAAAUGUAACCAGCAUUAUUUUCGGACACUUUUUUUCACCGGGGGAUCACGUAGUAAUAUAUCCUUUGAAGUAUCAGUCUUAAUGGAUCGUCCUUCUAAGCCGGUAGCUUAGUGCGGCUGACGCGAGAGACUCUGAGGCACCAUCUCCAACCGGUAUCACGGAUCAAAAAGAUCCGGGGUGCAAAUUUACCCCCCACUACACUAACUCCACCCCCGGCAGACAGUAAUGCCAUUCAAACAACCAGAGAUAUCAACUUCUUUAAACAUGAAGAGCAAUGAUGCCCCCUCCCCCCUCUCUCUCUAAUUCUCCACAGCUGAAGAGACACGUGGUGUUAUUCCCCGUAGCGGGGUCAAGGUCAGUUUGGGGGUGUAGAUGUGGAGAAGGGUUAACUUUGGAAUUAAGUGUAAUAACCUCGUCUUCUGUAGCAUUCUGUAAUAAAAAAUAAUAGAAA